AUGUUAACACUCAUCCUGCGGGGAGACACCUACGCAUUUCCCGCCGACAGUGGAGUCCGGCACAUCGCAUGGAAUGUGAAUACAGACGUUCCCCUCGCUGCACUACCCAACCUUCGGACACUCCAGCAAAUCCUGCCCCAACCAAUUUCACUCAUGGAAGUGUCGCUGUUUCACGUGCAACAGACGGAUUGCGACUGUGCAGUGUCUGGGCUCUCCAACCACACGGAUGGCGUGUGGGUACCAUUAGAUCCUGCGCUCUCCCCUGCAGAGUUAGGCCUCCAAAGCGAGAGUCUGAUAUACCUCUCUAGCGACCCGUUCAACAUAUUCUCUACGCGACGUGUGCUGCUUCCAGUCGCUCCCUUGACGUGUGAGGGAAGCUGGAAUAACAAAAGCCGCGACAAGGAUGGUAUGGUGGAGACACCCCACUGGAUUCCACUCCUCCAUGGACUGCUGCGGUGGAAGCUGUGUAGUGCGCCGGCCAAAGAUAUCACGCUGUGUGGGACAAGCGGACAACAGGCCGUGAAGGUUGGUGAGAACGGCUGGGCCAACGGCCUCGUUAAGCUUUCAUUGUCCCUCGGGGAGUUGUUCCUUCUGCAGGACGUGAAUGGCACAUCGUCUGGUGGGGCUUUGCCCCGAACAGUCUCUUGGUCGGUUUGUCUAAACGCGAUCCGGAAGCGGGACGCACAGCGCGUUGCGGCUCUGCAUGCACACCAUCAAACUUGCAAGGGCGAGAAAGCUGACACCAAGGAUGGAUACGCUGGUGACGCUAAGACGCGUCAGUUUAGGGAGGUCUCACUCUGCGUGAUGUGCGCCCUGUGUGAUCGAUUGCAGCCUCACUCUGGAGUUAAUGAUACCAAUGGGACGAACCCAUUUCCGACUGUUGCUUCGCUGUGCAAACGAGCAACAGCUGCUGGUGCUGCUGAUAACACAGUGAAGACCUCUUUAUCAGUGGAUUCAUUCACGGCAGCGAGUGAAAGCAACGAGAAAUCGCGGCAGGAGGCUGAUAGCAUGGUUGUUGACGACUACAUUGCAUUGAGUGAGGGAGGAGAGCGACAGAAAGAGAGGGAGGAUGCACCCACCGCCACGGAUGCGGAUGUGCAAGCGGGAAUAUGCGGAAAGCAAACAGACUGUGUUGAGGCUGAAGAGGAUGGAGACACGGAGGACGCUGCUAUUUCAGUUCCUGGCGCUGGCGCGGUUGGUGUAGAUGCCCAUUCAGCAGAAGAGGAUGAAAUCGACGUGAGAGUUCCGCCGAGCGUUCUUAUUGGCCUUGCAUCCCCAGAGGCUAUUGAUCAAUACAUUGACGCUGCGAAGGAUGCUUCUGCCGCAGCAGCAGCAACAACCACAGGGACCGCAUCGGAUGGCACCGGCAGCGUCGGGGAGCUGCGAUCACCGCUCCGAGGGUACUUUCUUGAGCCGUACACGGGGUCCUUCUUUGUCGACGGUGCGCUGUCGUGCAUGGUUCCACUGCGCUGCCUGAGGGCUGCGCCGCCCUCACUGGGCGCCACGGUGACACUAACAGUGGAGCUCGACGCGAGGCUUCUCAACGUCGUGGUGGACGGCGAGGUGGUGCUGGCGUUUUCUCUUUCCUCCAUCACACCAGAGGAAGCCUUUUCGUUGCGUCCUGUGGUACAGCUCUUCUCAUGUGGGGCAGUAGUGGAUAUUCACUGA